AUGGUGCGCGAGGAUUUCCCGGAUUUAAGACAUCUGGCGCAGCAAGCAUCCGUUGCAUUUGUUAAUACCUUACCAAAUAUCGACAUCGCACGACCUAUUUCCAGUAAAAUUGUUUUCAUUGGAGGUAUUGCUAAGAAGCAAGUAACAGUUUUGGAAAAGCGAUUUAUGAAUUUAUAUGAAAACGCACGUAAAGGUGUGGUGGUGUUUUCACUUGGAUCACUUGUUGAUACGAUUAAAAUGCCAGAACAAAUGAAAACCGACGUGUUACUGGCAUUCUCUCGCUUUCCGGACUAUAAUUUCAUUGUUAAAUUAACAAUAAGCGACGAAGAACGAAAGAAAUUUGCUUCAACUUACCCCAAUGUGCACUUCUUCGAUUGGAUUGAUCAGGUCAAUCUUCUCCACCAUCCAAAAACGAAAGCUUUCAUAACACAUGCUGGCUUGAAUAGCCUCACGGAAGCAGCAUUUGCUGGAACACCACUCAUUUGCGUACCGAUGUUCGCUGACCAGCAUUACAAUACAGCUAUUUCGCUGAGAAAAAAAACCGGUGUUUAUCUGAACAAAAAGCACAUCAACCUGGAAACUGUGACAGAUGCGCUUCAAAAAGUACUCAGUGAUCCGAGUUACUCAGAAGCAGCUAAGCAGCUCCAGCAACAGCUGCUCCAUUAUCCGCAUAACAUUACGCAGCUCUUCCUGGACUGGAUCCAAUAUGCAGCCGAAUUUGGCAGAUCGCUUGAUUCCAACUUGUACGGAGCUAAUCUCAGCACAAUUGCCUAUUUUUCAAUUGACGUCAUCGCAUUUAUUUUAUUUUCAUUCUGCUUUUAA